UCACGGCGGGCGGGGCGGGGCGGGGCGGGCGCGGGCCGUGGCGUGGCGUCCCGCCGCCGCGGAGCAGCCGGGCCAUGGUGGGGAUCCCCGGAGCCUGCCCGUUGGCUGGUGAGAAGAGGGUGCCAGUGAUGCCCGGCUCGCCGGUGGAAGUGAAGAUACAAUCCAGGUCGUCCCCGCCCAGCAUGCCGCCGCUGCCCCCCGUGAACCCCGGUGGCCCGCGGCCCGUCUCCUUCACUCCAGCAGCACUGCCCAACGGGAUUAACCAUUCCCCCCCGACACUGAACGGGGCUCCGUCUCCACCUCAGCGGUUUAGCAACGGUCCUGCCUCGUCCUCCUCCUCCUCGCUCACCAACCAGCAGCUCCCAGCCACUUGCGGUGCCCGGCAGCUCAGCAAGCUGAAGCGCUUCCUCACCACCCUGCAGCAGUUUGGCAAUGACAUCUCUCCAGAGAUCGGGGAGAAGGUCCGGACCCUCGUCCUGGCAUUAGUGAACUCGACGGUGACAAUUGAGGAGUUUCACUGCAAGCUGCAAGAGGCGACGAACUUCCCCCUCCGGCCGUUUGUGAUCCCCUUUCUGAAGGCCAACCUCCCUCUGCUCCAGAGAGAGCUGCUGCACUGUGCCCGGGCUGCCAAGCAGACGCCGUCCCAGUACCUGGCACAGCACGAGCACAUCCUGCUCAACACAAACACCACGUCUCCGGCUGACUCCUCGGAGCUGCUCAUUGAGGUGAACGGAAACGGGAAGAGGCACAGUCCAGACAGUUGCAGAAGAGAAGAAAACAGCUUUGAGAGAGAGCCGCUCCCGACGGAGCCCCCGGCCAAGAGAGUGUGCACCAUCAGCCCAGCUCCCCGGCACAGUCCUGCCCUGACCAUGCCCCUCAUGAACCCCGCGGGGCAGUUCCACCCCACCCCACCGCCCCUCCAGCACUACACCUUGGAAGAUAUCGCGACUUCCCAUCUGUACCGAGACCCCAGCAAGAUGUUGGAGCACAGGGAGGUUCGCGACCGGCAUAGCAGUCUUGGUUUAAAUGGAGGAUACCAGGACGAGCUGGUGGACCACCGCUUAACAGAGAGAGAGUGGGCUGAUGAGUGGAAGCAUCUCGAUCACGCACUGAACUGCAUCAUGGAGAUGGUGGAGAAAACCAGGCGCUCCAUGGCUGUUCUGCGGCGCUGUCAGGAGGCCGACCGGGAGGAGCUCAACUACUGGAAGAGGCGGUGCAGCGAGACCGCGGAGACGAGGAAGGCAGGGAGCGAGCUCAUCUCCAGGCAGCACAGCCCCAGCAGCUCUGACUCCAUCGGCAGCGAUUCCUUGCGGGAGUUCACCAGCAGGUCGGGAACAGGCUAUGUCACUGAAGAGAUAUGGAAAAAAGCUGAAGAAGCUGUGAACGAGGUGAAGCGCCAGGCCAUGUCUGAGGUGCAGAAGGCUGUGGCAGAGGCCGAGCAGAAAGCGUUUGAGAUGAUUGCCUCCGAGAGGGCGCGGAUGGAGCAGACCAUUGCGGAUGCAAAGCGCCAAGCUACUGAGGAUGCUUUCUUAGUGAUAAACGAGCAGGAGGAGUCUACAGAGAGCUGCUGGAACUGCGGUCGCAAGGCCAGUGAGACGUGCAGUGGCUGCAACAUCGCCCGGUACUGCGGCUCUUUCUGCCAGCACAAGGACUGGGAGAGGCACCACCGAAUCUGUGGCCAAGGCCUGCACAGCCAGACCAAGCCGCUGGCUCUGCCCGCUGGGCGAUCUGCAGCAGCUGCCGCCAAGGCCAUCGAUGCGGUACCGAGCCCAGCCCUCGAGAAGACUUCAGCAACAACCUCUCGAUCCUCUACCCCAGCAUCUGUGACAGCAAUAGAUACAAAUGGACUCUAAAGGGAAAGUUUUGUUUCACGUUAAUUUUCCUGUUUUUUAAGCCGAAAAAAAAAAACAACCCAGGAACUCAUAUCACUUUACAUGUUUGACAAAUCUACACCGCCUCCUCUAGAGCACUGACACUCAGGCUUUUCCAUCUCAUUCUGCCUUGUUUUUGUGGUUCAUAAAGACCUUGUGCCAGCCUUGCCUGAGGGGCCUCCAUACCGGUCUCGCUGAAGGGUCGUACCAGAGAGCAUCACUGGGACGCUGCAGAUGCUGGGCUUUCCCUCCGUGGGACCUGGACUUCGUGGCAAGCGCUCCUGAGGCACACAGGAGAUGCCAAGCAAGCAACGCCCGGACAGGGGACCUUGUGCUGAAGGGUGAAAUGUGUUCACGCUCCUCUCUCCUGGGCCGUCUGAACCGCCUCCUCGUUCAGCUACCUUUCUUCCAUAAUACGCAUCUGUUUUUCCUUCCUCCCGGAGAGCAGUUCCUCAGACGUCUGUGCUAUUUGUUGCUAUGAACAGAUUGGCGCUGAUUUCCCAGCAAGAGCAUCUCAUUCUCUAGUGCAAUGACAAAUAUGUAGCUGCUUGGGGAUAGCUGAGCCUGCUUCUCUUCUCCUGCCUGGAAGUGGUUAUUGGCUGACAGACUGCAGAGACUGAGGAGAGAAUUUGCCUGCUGAGGACAGAUCGAAAACAAAUGUCAGUACCAGGGAAGUGUGGAUGGUCACUUUUAGAUGGCCCGUUUUCAGUCCCUCCCUCUAACUGGACAGACAGUUGCUUAUUAUUCUGGGUACGACCUUUGCUCUCAUUGCUGAAUGAAAACGUGCGGAGCAAAUCUGGAUUCUUUGUGGGCAGUUAUCGCCCUCUCCACCUGGGUAUCAUUAUUUUGCUAUGCAGAAAGCAUUUUUUCACUGCAUGGAAGUUGUUGGUUUGAGAGUUACUGACGUUGUUUUUAACCACAAAGAUCUUCACACUAUUGCAAUGGAUUAUUUAUAGUCUAUUCUCUCCAAACGUGUUGGCCAAAUUAUUAAAAAAUUCAGAACUUUGUAUCCUAUGUCAGUUCUUGAGCCCUCAGCCCUCGUGGGGUUACUGGAGGGCUGCUCUGAAAGAUAGCGUGCUUAUCUCAGCUUCGUUGUCGCUACGUGUUUUAUGCAGAGAAGUGCAACCCUCUGCGAGCGCACUGCCUGUGCUGCAAAGCAGCCAACGCCGCCUCGUCCAGUGCUUGAAACCCAACCCCAAAAUGACAGUUCGGAGGGUGCAGUCUAGCCGGGAUACUACAGUCAACCCAAGGAGACUAAUCUCUCAGAUAGUCUCCGCUUUGGCAUUGCAGGAAUGUUUUCAUGUAGUCCAAAACACACAGUCAACGCUGACCCAUAGAAGAGCUAUUUCAGCGCUCAGGGAGCACAGCAGGGCUUAUCGCAAACGCUUCAUUUUAAAACUCCCUUCAGAGGUUGUUCCAGGCGCAGCUAAUAGGAGGAAUUGGAGCGUGCCCUCUUGGGAUUCACACUGAUUUCGCAUGCUGUGCACAAAUGGGAGCUAGAAAACCAUCUAUUCAGCAAAGCUGUGUUUCCAUGACUGUUUUUUGUGAUUGCUGGGUUGGAGCCCAAUGAGGCAAGUAAUUCCCAAAUUAUUUUUGAUCACUUUUCAAUGGGAGGCGAAUAAUAGAGAUGUAAUGAAUAGUCAUUGAGUUUGCAGUGGUGUAGCUGUCUGCUGGCUGUCAUUGCUAUGCCCAGGGAUAAACAAGUUACCCACUGAACCAGCUUUGUUCCUUAGGGAAAGUUGUUUUGGAAGCUGCAGCCAUGGAAUAAAGAGGGCAACUUCCAUGCCUGCAAGCCACAAAGUUUCCUGGUUUUCAAGAAAGCUCUGAAGUGGCAAGUAGGGUUGUCUCCCUCUUGUCCCGCAAGCAAGAGCUCCUGGCACCGCUGGGGCUCCCCGUGUCUGGCAGCGAUGUUGCAGGGGGGCAGCAUCGGGUGCGAAGACCUACUGCAGCCCCAUGGCCUCUCCCACUCUGGGGCGCACGUUCGCUGGGGUUAAGGCACCUGGUGUGGCACAGAAACCCUGAACCUGGAAAAACUGCGGUGCCCAAGUUGCCCCGACCUGCAGCCAGGAGCCUGCGGGAGCGCUUGUUCCACCAGGGGUGUUUCCCGAGGCAGCCCCAAGCUGCAGCAGCCCCUGCGCUGGCAUGCUUGCUCCGAAGCUGGGGAAAAAGUCCUGGAAAUGGGCUUUUUCCACACCUCUGCUGCAAAACUUAGAAAGCGCCGCAGUCGCGCUCGCGGCAUUUGCAAGGAUCCAGCGUCAAGGAGGGCCGAGGAGGUGCAGGGGAGGCCCGCAGGUGCCGUGGUCCUCAGCAGUGCUCCUCGCCCUGGAGCUCCUGGCUUGGAGGGCCACCUGUGGUCAUGGCACACGUCCCCGUUCGCGGUUGCCUCAGGUAAAUAACAUCUGGUUACAGCAUCCCGAGACGUAACUGCAGCCCUGCCAUGCCACAGGGGGGAGUGGGGGGGGGGGGGUGGCCAACCGCUGUUCAAUCGGAGGCGAAAAGAACAAGCAGCGCUGCAAGAAAUUGCUUGUAAAUAGAUCGUCUUCCAUAAUUUUCAUGCAACUUGUGUAUUAAAAUUAACCCCAAUGUAAAUGAAUGAAAUACUAACAGUCAUGAUUAGAAUGAUUGCCUUUUCUUUUCUUUUCUUUUUUUUUUUUUAACCUGGAAUGAUAAAUGUGAAAUUCUGAUAUGGGAAGACUUGUUGGAUUGAGUUUUCUAUUUUUUCCUUUUUUUUUUUUUGGCAUUUAAUUCUGUAAUAGGAAUUUGUUACUUCAUUCCUGUGCAUAACUUAUUUAAUGUACUGUAUAAAGGAACCUAAACUGUUACAGAUGUAUUUAGUUUGUUCUACUCAAAGUAGUCAAUAAAAAGACUAUAUUCAUCGUACAAA